GAGAAAAUGAAGAUAAAAGAAGAGUUAGAAACGAAAUAUUCGGACUUCACAAUUCAACGAAACGACGAAAAAUUUGAAGUUGAUUUAAAGAAUUUCAAGAAAAAAUUUAAUACAGAUGUGAAGUGUUAUAAAACAAUUAAAAAGGAACCUUUAGAGAUAAAUAUUAAAGUUAAACCAAUUUCCACAAACAACACAAACGGAUCCACUAUUUGGAGUCAUUCUGGUUAUAAAAUCGAAAGAGAUAUCAAGAAAGAAGAUGUAAAAGAGAUUUGUGAUGUAAAACAUGCUAUAAAAUCAAAAUGUAGAGUUGUUUUAAAAAAAUUGAAAUUUGAAGUAAAGACUGAAGAUUAUAAAGAAGUUGUUCAUCUCCCAGAUGAUAAUGAACAGCCUGUCAACAAUGAAUUCUUCACUCCGGACAGAAAUUUUAACAGGAAUGAAAUGAAUAUCCAAAUUGAGGAGGAAGAGCAAAUUCAGGAAUACGAUAUUCAGCAAAAUUCAUGCAAAUUCAUGCAAAAUUCUAGAAAAUGCAAUAAAAUUCAUGAAAAGAUUAAAAGGAAAUACUUCAAGAUUUUGUUUGCAUCUCAUUCUAAACAGGAAUUUACAUGUGAUUUAUGUAAAGAGACUUUUAAACAUAAGAGAAUAUUAGAAACACAUCUGUUCUGUCAUAUUAGAAAAAAUCCAUUUCGCUGCACAAUUUGCAAUAAGAAGUUUUUAUGGCAAUUUCUUUUGCGAAGACACACGAAAGAGCACAAAACUGAAAAUAAAAACGAAAUCUCUCAUAGGAAUUUACGUAUGCAGCCAUCUGAAGAUCGAGUGAAGCAAUCGCCAACAAAUGGUAAAGUUUAUGCCUGCAAGAUAUGUGGAAAAGAAUAUAAGCUUAAAAAUAGUUUGUUACGUCAUAAAUCAACGCAUAGUGAAGAUCGUCCUUUUAAAUGCGAUAUUUGCAAUAAGAGUUUUAAAUGGAAAAGCCAAGUAAAAAGCCACCAACAAACUCAUAGUGAUGAACGUAACUAUUCUUGUCAAGUAUGUAACAAAAGUUUCAAAACAAAACAGAAUUUGGCAAUUCAUAAAGUAGUUCAUAAUGAUGAACGUAACCAUAUUUGUCACAUAACAUAUGUAACAAAAGUUUUAAACGUAGUUCUGAUUUAAAACAGCACAUUAAUAUUAUACACAGCGAUGAAUACAAAUAUUCUUGUCAUAUAAGUAACAAAUAUUUUAAAACAAAAGGUUCUUUGCGAGAGCAUAAACGUAUUCAUAAAAAAUCUAAU